ACCCGCUAGCACAGUCCGUGGAUCUGAAUGAGGCAUUGAAACCACAUCAUGGAGGCAACAUAUACUGCAGGUAAGCACUGGACGUCAGCUUCCAGUUCUGCAGAAUCUUCAGGAGUGUCCGGGGCCAGCGCUGUUCUCUUCACCAGUCUCCUCUCCACACUCAUCGACUCUCAGAGACAACUGGGAAAUCCGGACGAUUACCCACAUGACGCCACAUUCCAUCUUCUGGACGAGUACGAUUUCAUCGUGGUAGGAGCCGGUUCAGCGGGGUCCGUGGUGGCUAGUCGCCUCAGUGAAGUGCCCCAUUGGAAGGUCUUGCUUCUGGAGGCAGGCGGGGACCCAACACCAACGUCAGAUAUCCCCGCACUGGCACUUCAUUUACAGAAAACCGAUCUCGACUGGCAAUACCAAACCGAACCAGAAGAGGGUAUGUGUCAAGGAUUCAGGGAUAAACGUUGCAACUGGCCAAGGGGCAAAGUUCUCGGUGGCAGCAGCGUCCUAAAUUUUAUGAUUUAUAUUAGGGGGAUGAAAGGAGAUUAUGACGCAUGGGCUGCGGCCGGAAACAGCGGAUGGAGCUAUGAAGAAGUUCUGCCGUACUUCAAAAAAUCCGAAGAUAUGACAUCCGAAAGGUUACUCCGAAAGCAUCCAAACGGGAAGAUAUAUCACUCGAGAGGGGGGCCGUUAACCGUACAAGAAUAUGUAGCUGUCCAGUCUGGACAAACUCUUCUAGAGGCAGCGAAGGAACUGGGUUUUGAAACACUCGACGAUGUCAAUGGAGAACAUCAGCUUGGUUUCUCGAACGCGUUUUUCACAAUUAGAAAUGGAACGAGAUGCAAUACUGCGAAAGCCUUCUUGAGUCCUAUAAAAUUCAGAGAAAAUCUUCACGUUGCUAAGCAUGCCCACGUAACUAAAAUAUUAAUUAAUCAUCAGACAAAAUCCGCUCACGGUGUUGAAGUGACUAAAGACGGUAAAAUUUUCUUCAUCAAAUUUAGAAAUGAGGUUAUUCUAUCGGCUGGCUCAAUAAACUCUCCUCAGAUAUUGAUGUUAUCAGGUAUUGGUCCGCAGGAACAUUUGAAUAAAAUUGGUAUAGAAACCGUUGUAAGCAAUCUGAGAGUUGGCGAGAAUUUACAAGACCAUCUCUCGUUUAUAGGAUCUGUUUUUAACACAAAGAACUCUGAGAAGCUUCAAGAGUCAUCACUACAACAAGUAGAUUUUUAUUACAAAUAUCUGACACGACACAGUGGUCUACUUUCUUCUCCCUUGGACCCAGCAAUUGGGUUUAUAAGAACAAAAAUUGCGUCAGACGAGAGACCUGAUUUAGAAAUUCUCUUCACGGUUAUUGCGGCUAACGAUACAAACGCUGUUCACGUCUCUUCAUAUGGCAGUGGCCUUAACGACGACAUAGCUGAAUCCCUGAAGGAUAUAGUCAGCCUUUCGGAUGUCUUUAUUAUCGUCCCAGCUUUGCUUCGCCCAAAGAGUAGAGGAAGGAUUCUCCUCAAAUCACGAGAUCCUUAUGAAUAUCCAAAGAUAUUCGCCGGAUAUUUAUCGGAUCCCGAGGGAAGAGACUUGGCUACAAUGUUAGAGGGUAUAAAAUUCGCAGAACGCUUAAUGAACACUGAAGUGAUGAAGGCUAAAGAAGCAAAGCAAAGAAAGUUGUUCAUUGAAGCGUGUGAGGAUCUUGAAUUUAAUUCUUCAGAGUACUGGGAGUGCGCUUUGAGACACGUAGCAACAACAGUUUAUCACCCUGUUGGAACUUGUAAGAUGGGUCCAAGAUCAGACCCAUCUGCUGUUGUAGACCCAGAACUAAAGGUGUACGGCGUGAAAGGCAUCAGAGUGGCGGAUGCGUCCAUUAUGCCGACUAUAGUGAGUGGCAACACGAAUGCACCUACUAUCAUGAUUGGAGAAAAGGCAGCGGAUAUGAUCAAGAAAGAGUGGCCUGUCUAUAAACAUCAGAAAUACAUGGGGCCUUUUGUCUUAUAAGAGCCUUAAUAUUACCUAUGGUUGAGGUGAUAGUUUCAUACAAAAAGUACUGUGAUACAAAAGAAAAAUUAUUGCAAUCUACUGACACCCUGGAUGUCAUGAGAGGAAUAUUCCUUCGUGUGAUAUUUGUUCAAUGACUAUGUACAAGUUACUAAUUGUUGGUUCGAUACUGAACGAGAUAACAUAAUCAGAUAAAUAUUGGAACUUGAAUGCUUUUGCCUGCAAGAAUUUUUUUCAUUGAAUGUUCUUUCCAUUUUGUCUUCCGUACCCACAAUCACAAUUGUGCUACGAUCUGGUCAU